AUGAUUUCAUUAAAAAACAAAUAUAUGCCACAGAAAUAUUUUACUUCUGUUGAUCAUCCAGUAAAUUGUGAGCAAAACUUGGGUGUCAAUUUAAAUUUUGGACAAAAUAUGGCGGGAGGUCCUAUGUACAAUUAUAGAAAGAAUAAAAGUAUCAAGACAACAACUGAUGAUUGGCAUAUAGAACGGUCGGAAUCCUCUACAACUGGUGUGCAGCGGUUAUAUCGCUUUACUGUGCAAGAACUCUAUAAAGAUGGUGAAAAUCAACGCAACUUACCAUCAACAGAUAUCCAUUCUGGUCACUGUCUUGAGAAAUUCAACAUGGGCUUUGCUGAAUUAAGAAAAAAAUUUCAUCGUGAUCUUCAAAUCCUCAAAUUAAAUUAG